GGUUAACAAAGUGUGUCAAGUGAAAGUGCAAUGGAGAGCAGAAGCCUGCAGCAGCCUCAGGAUCACUACGGUCAUAGGCGGCAGCCUGCUCUGGGCAAGGCAAUGCCAGUGACGGCUCUGCUUCUCAACAUACCCCAGCCCGGUGUCAACCAUAAAUCAAGCCAUGCCCGAGAUGGUGGCAGUUCCGAUAGCGACCUGCCACCACUCUACUUUAACAUUAUGGCAGAAGAUGAUCAGCCCCACGAUCCAAAUCGUCCCUCUCCCACCCAUCAGUUACCUUUGAUGGGCAACUCAAAGAACUAUGCGCCCUGUCUAACCUGUACGGGAGCAGCACCUGCACAUUUAGUGGCCACUGCGAGCGCCAGUGCCAUAAAUGAGAUGUGUCGGCGGCUGUGCAGCGAGGAGUGUCGCCUCCAAUUGAGCUUGGCUGGGUAUCGACCCUCCGCAGAGGAGGCCGAACAAAAGCGCAAGGAUUUCCGUGAGAAAUAUGAAAUUGCGGAAGCGCUGGCUAAAACCUCGGCAAUGACCUCCACCGUACAAAUGAAACAACGUCUGGCCGCACGCAAACUGGAAAUGAAAAUGGACGGCGAUUUGAAGGCGGGAAACAGUAGCGAGGAGGCAGCUCCCCCAGCUCUGGGUGUGGCGAGUAGUAUUGAUGCUGGAGACACGCUGCCGCCGCCACCGCCAGCACCACAGCCAUCGAUUGACUAUGAGCCACCGCGUGAUCUGUUGUUGUAUCUCGUAAGAAUGGGCUCAUUCAACUCGGCACCAAAGAUCAACAAUGUGGACUCACAGGACGACGGCUUGGAAUUGCCCAAAGGUCUGAGCACUGCUGCUUUGCUGCAACAUGUGCAACAGCUGCGUGGAGGUGACCAGGCUCCAUUGCUGAAGCGCUACUUCCUGAAGCCCCAAACACCAAUGUUCAUCGAUGAAGAUGUCACCGAUGGACUGCGUUGCCUUAAAUUGAAUGCCGUUUCGCGAGUUUGCAGUGCCCCCAUCAAGUCGGAAGAACAGCACAUUCGACUUCUGCAAUGGAACAUUUUGUCCCAGACUUUGGGCCAGAAUAAUGAUGGGUUUGUGCGCUGCCCCGAGGAGGCUCUGACAUGGGACCAUCGCAAGUACUUGAUUGUGCAGGAGAUAUUGCAAAAUCAGCCGGAUGUUGUUUGUCUGCAAGAAGUGGACCACUUCAAGUUUUUGCAAACCGUUCUGGGCUGUCAAAACUACGAGGGCAUCUUUUAUCCCAAGCCGGACUCGCCCUGCCUCUAUAUAGAAGAUAAUAAUGGUCCCGAUGGCUGUGCCAUAUUCUACAAGCGGGACAAGCUUAAGCUGCAGUGCUACGAUACGCGUGUACUGGAGGUUUGGCGGGUCCAGAGCAAUCAGGUGGCCAUAGCGGCACGUCUGCAGGUCAAGGCCACGGGUCGUGAGUUCUGCGUGUGCACAACACACCUAAAAGCCCGCCACGGCGCCCUCUUGGCCAAGCUACGCAACGAGCAAGGACGCGACUUGGUACGUUUCAUCAAGCAAUUUGCAGGAGAGAGCCCCGUUCUAUUGUGCGGCGACUUCAAUGCGGAGCCCAUUGAGCCGAUUUACGCAACGAUCCUAACUUGCGACAUCCUGAAACUAUCGAGCGCGUAUGCGAACAUAAAACUGGACCAGGACCAGGAUCAGCUGAAUAGCGAAGAUGCUAUUAAAGAUGAUGAGCAGCAGGCUGCCUUGGGGGAUGUCAGCGAGUUGGUCGCACAGUCUAUUAAACGGGAACCGCCGUAUACAACGUGGAAAAUACGUGAGGACGGAGAGGAGUGCCACACCAUUGACUAUGUGUUCUAUACCCACGAGCAGCUAAAGAUAAAGAAUUGCCUGGAAUUUCCGGCUGGUGAGCAAAUUGGAAAAAAUCGUACGCCCUGCUUUCAAUAUCCUUCGGAUCAUUUCUCUUUGGUUUGCGAUUUUGAGCUGCUGGAGACGCCUUCGACGCAAAGCGAAACAAAAACAACUCAUGGCAACAUACAAUAGAAGUGGGACGCACUAUAUAUCACCAUAUACAUAUACCACAUGCAGUUUCAAUUACAUAAUAAAUUGUGAUAUUAGUUGUUAGAUACAUUUUACGCUCGUGGAUGGUUUGUUUUGCAUAAUUGCCAGUGAACGAUUGUGAGCACCAUUCGAUUUUAAAAGGAAAAUAGCCCAAAAUUCACAAUAAAGUAGUGUAGUUUUAAAAAACGGGA